AGUUGGCUAAGUUGUUUAUAACCAAACUUUAUAUAAAAUUUAUUAAUCGUAGAUUUGGUUUAUUUACAAUAUCGGCGGAAUAAAAUUUAACGAAAAAAAGUGCAUAAUGAUAAAUGUACUUCUAAGAUAAAUUUAAUAUCACUUAAUUCAUAUUAUUACGAGAAUGAAUUAUAUACACUGUUUUGUUUACUUGUUCGGACUAACUUUGGUACAGUGUUUUAGUAGAAAUCACACCAAUAAUUGGGCUGUAUUAGUUGACACUAGUAGAUUCUGGUUCAAUUAUAGACAUGUAGCGAAUGUAUUAUCAAUAUAUAGAAGUGUGAAACGUCUGGGUAUACCAGAUAGCCAAAUUGUUCUAAUGAUAGCAGAUGAUAUGGCCUGUAAUCCAAGGAAUCCGAGACCUGCUACAGUCUUCAACAAUGCUGAUCAACAUAUUAACGUUUAUGGGGAUGAUGUAGAAGUUGAUUAUAGAGGAUAUGAGGUCACUGUAGAGAAUUUUGUAAGACUUUUAACUGGAAGAUUACAUCCAGGUACACCAAGAUCAAAACAAUUGUUAACAGAUGAGGGUAGCAAUGUAUUAAUUUAUUUGACGGGGCAUGGUGGGGAUGGUUUCUUGAAAUUUCAAGAUUCUGAGGAAAUAACUAGUCAAGAAAUGGCAGAUGCUUUACAACAGAUGUGGCAAAAACAAAGAUACAAUGAAAUUUUCUUCAUGAUAGAUACAUGUCAAGCUGCAUCUAUGUAUGAACGAUUUUAUUCUCCUAACAUUUUAGCAGUUGGUAGUAGUUUAGUUGGAGAAGAUUCCUUAUCUCAUCAUGUAGAUCCAGCAAUUGGAGUUUAUAUAAUAGAUCGUUAUACAUACUAUGCUUUAUAUUUCUUGGAAAAUGUGAACCCACAAAGCAAUAGAACAUUAGGAGAAUUUUUGAAAGUGUGUCCUAAAAGUGUCUGUAUAUCCACUGUUGGAGUAAGAAGAGAUUUAUUCAGAAGAAAUCCAGAUAAAGUACCAAUAACAGAUUUUUUUGGAUCUAUAAGACCUGUAGAAAUUAUUGAAGAACUUCCAAUUGUGCCAGCUUUCACAAAACUAGAAAUGGUCCCGAAACAACCACAAAAGCCAAAAAAAUAUGUAUAUGUUGAACCUCUUGUUAAUUUCAACAAAAUGAACAAAUAAUGUAAUUGCAAAAAAUAUUUAUUAAAGAUGAAAAAUAAAUAGUGAAAACAA